AUGGCUGGAUUUGGUUUAAAGUUAUACAUGUACAGGUUUAAUUCAUGUUCAUGUAUACUUUAUCCAUUGUCUUUGCACACUACACAGAAUCCACAUCUCUAUGGAUUUUCAGAGGAGUGGGCGGCAAAUACAGAGUUCGAAUCCCACUCCACAGUCUCACUACAGAGCACUACAGAGCUUGAAGCUCCAGCAGUAUCUUCCAGUCAUGACGUAACAGCUAAGCCCACUCUACCAGAUGAGUUGCUCACCAGUGUUAGCUCACAGCCGCAAAAGCCAGAUAAGCAAGAAAAGGUUGCAAGUAGCAAAGGGACAUCAGGUCCUCGUAAAAGAAACUAUGAUCCGGACUUGUUCUUUAAAGUCAACGGGAAGCUCUACCAUAGGCUUGGCAAGAUAGGAAGUGGAGGAAGCAGUGAGGUCCACAAGGUUAUUUCAUCAGACUGUACCAUAUACGCGCUCAAGAAAAUCAAGCUCAAGGGCCGUGACUAUGCUACUGCAUAUGGAUUUUGCCAAGAGAUUGGGUAUUUAAAGAAGCUGAAAGGGAAAACAAACAUCAUUCAGCUUAUAGACUACGAGGUUACAGAUAAGUGUUUACUCCAGGAGGUUAUGAAUGGGACAAUGAGUAGCAAAGAUGCAAGAGUUAAGGACGAUGGGUUUAUAUACAUGGUGCUAGAAUAUGGAGAAAUCGAUCUGGCUCGCAUGUUGUCUCAAAAAUGGAAGGAAAUCGAAGGUUCUGACGGCACAAUUGAUGAAAAUUGGCUGAGCUUGGGACCGUAA